ACAAGUGUAUUGUAUAUAUAUCUUGACAAAUCAUAACAAAACUCGAUUUCUUCAAGUACAUACUCAAUUAUAAAUUAAUUUUUUUAUUUUUUACGGAUCAUUCGAGUAAUUAUUUUCACAAAUAAAACUAACAUUUAACGUACAAAUAAAAAAAAAUGACUCAAUCUCAGCAGAGUCAACUUAAUUCAGUCUUACAAAAGUUUAAGUUUGAAGAAUUAGAGUCGACUGUGUUGCCAGAAUUUCCAGAGAUAACAUGGAAUCAGAUAAGAACUUGUUUAAUUAAAAAUCAUGAAAGUUUUACUACAUCAAACGUAUUAAAAGUAAUCAAUCGAUUAAUUAAUGCGAAAAAAAUAAGUGAAAAAGACCUGAAGAAUCGUUUAAAUCGUUUGGAAAUUAUUGAUAUCAGCCGUCACUCAAAUAGGAAAAUGUGGCAUGCAUAUGAACUGAAAAACCGUAAAGAUGAUUAUUACAAUGAGUAUGGAAUUCAUGAAAUUCAAAAUAAUAUGUCACAUUGUUUUAAUGCACUACAAAUGAAAAUGCAUAUUAAAUCAGAAGUGUAUAAUGACAUUGUGUUCAUAAUUAUUCGUGAAAAGAAAACACGUCGCUUAUCACCAAUUUGUAUUGCACUAUUUUUAGAGCAAGAUAUUUUUUUUUGUUCAAAUAAGACAGUAUCUAAAGAAUUUUUACAUGUUAUCGUUAAAAGUACUGGCUACUCUGAAUGCAAAAAAAUAUUACUUUCUGGUAAGAAUAUUAGUUCGCUAAUAAAAAUUCACCUCAUUAAAAAACGAAAUGCCGUCGAAGGUAAUGAUAUGUGUAUUGACGAGGAAUUUGAAGAAGCUCCUGCGAUUGUCGGGCCUACAGGGAUUGACUUUAAGCAAAACCAACAUCGAAGAAAGCACCUUGAGCAAUAUUUUGGUCGAGAUGAGAUAAUUUUAGAGUCAUUGAUAGUAAAAAAUCGGGGUGUACCAUGGGCUGAUCCGAAAAUCGCAUCAAAGUUACAUAACGUUAAAAUAAAUAUGCAAUGGGAAUUCAGAAGCACAAAUCUUAAAAAAUUUCUAUCUGAAUGUACAGAUCAAAGAGUUUUAGUAACGCCACUACCAGAAUAUGCUAAACACUUUCUAAAAUCCGGUGAAAAUGAAUUAACAGUACAACGAGUCUAAAAGAAAGACAAAUAACCUUUUUUUUUAUUUUCUAGAAUUGUUAUAUACAUAAGUUAACAUCUAUGCUGAAAAAUAUUUAAGAUAUUAAUUUUACUCAAAAAUUUUAAUUACUUAUAGAAAAACAAAAAAUUUCAUAAUAUUUUUGUACAAAAUAGUUUUGGUUGAAGUAAUAUAUGGAAUAAAUAAACAAUAAAUACUU